ACGUUAAUUCAUCAGAUUAUUGUUACCCAACUAAACAACGCAGUGAAAUGGAUGAUAUAAAAAUCAUUCACGUUUCAACUACAGAAGAACAAAAUGAAUGUUAUAAAAUAAGGACUGAAAUAUUUGUUAAAGAACAAAAUUGUAAUCCAGCAAAUGAAUUAGAUGAAUAUGAUAAAUCUUCUUCAUGCCAUCAUUUUCUAGCUUUAAAAUCAUCUCUUCCCAUUGGCACUGUCCGAAUACAUCCUUAUCCUUCUCCUACUUCCACAACAGAGAUGUAUAUUACAUGCUCAAAUUGA